CCUCCCCCUCCUCCAGCCUCGCGUUCCCGCCCCCCUGCCUCGGUCCCCGAAGCGGCAGCCGGGCUCAGCAGCUGCCGUCGCCACCGCCGCCACUUCCGCGCCUGACGGAGAAAGAGGAGGAGGAGGAGGCGCAGCGGCGGCCCUGCUCCCGGUUGCCUCCCUCCUUGCGCGGAUCCGGCCCUUUCCGCUCGCCGCAGCGCCUAGGCCUCUUCCACCACCGGAGCCGUCCCGAGCACCACCGGGAGAAGCGGAGGCGGCCGCCCGUACCUCGUCCGCCGUCCGUGCGCCCGGUCCGGCGGGCGGGCCUGGAGCCCGCGAUGCUUUGAGCCCGGCCGUGCCACCCCUCGUUUCUCCGCCGGCCUGGAAACAGAAGCCAGCCGGAGGAGGAAGAGGAGGCGAGACGGGGCGGCCGGACGGGCCGGGGAAUGGCACCGCCUCGCCUCCGGUAACCGGGGAGCCAGAAGCGGCGAUCGCGGGGAGCGGCGGAGAGGCGCGGGGCCUCCGGCGCGGCCAUGCUUUUCCACAGCUUAGCCGGCUCCGAGAUGCAGGGCGUCAUCGACGAGAUGGACCGGCGGAGCAAAGGAGAGGCGCCCGCCAUCACUUCGGUCAUCGACCGUGGUGAAACCGAAACGCACGCUAUGCCGUCGGUCAGCAGCGAACGGGCCGCCCUGUGCGCCGGCUGCGGGGGAAAGAUUUCGGACCGCUACUACCUCCUGGCGGUGGACAAGCAGUGGCACAUGCGUUGUCUGAAGUGUUGCGAGUGUAAACUGAACCUGGAAUCGGAGCUCACCUGCUUCAGCAAAGACGGCAGCAUCUACUGCAAGGAAGACUACUACAGGAGGUUCUCGGUGCAGCGCUGCGCUCGCUGCCACUUGGGCAUCUCCGCCUCGGAGAUGGUGAUGCGCGCCCGGGACUCGGUUUACCACCUGAACUGCUUCACCUGCUCCACCUGCGCCAAGAUGCUCACCACCGGCGACCACUUCGGCAUGAAGGACGGGCUGGUUUACUGCCGCCUGCACUUCGAGGCGCUGCUGCGGGAUGAGUAUCAGCUGCACUUCAACCAUGCCGAGGGGGUGGCCGGCAAGGGCCCCGCUCUGGGGGCCGCCGCCCCGCUGGGCCUGCCCUAUUACAACGGCGUGGGCACCGUGCAGAAGGGGCGGCCCAGGAAACGGAAGAGCCCGGGACCCGGCGCCGAGCUGGCUGCCUACAACGCAGCCCUGAGUUGCAAUGAGAAUGACGGCAGCCCUCUGGAUCGAGACCAGCAUUACCCCAGCAAUCAAAAGACCAAACGUAUGCGGACUUCCUUCAAACAUCACCAGCUGCGGACAAUGAAAUCCUAUUUUGCAAUUAACCACAACCCGGAUGCCAAGGACUUGAAGCAGCUUGCGCAAAAAACGGGUUUAACCAAGAGAGUGCUCCAGGUCUGGUUUCAGAACGCCCGGGCCAAAUUCCGACGGAACCUCUUACGCCAAGAGAACACGGGAGUGGACAAGGCAUCCGAUCCGGCCCUCCAGGCCGGCACCCCCUCCGGACCCGCUUCGGAGAUCUCCAACACAUCCCUGAGCCCCUCCAGGACGCCCACCACCCUCACAGACUUGACGAAUCCUAGCAUGCCUUCCGUGACGUCAGUCCUGAGCUCCGUGUCUGGCGGCUUGGAUGUCCACGAAUCCCGCAGCCCUUCACAGACGACGCUGACCAAUCUUUUCUGAUGACCACUCGAUUCCCGGGGUGGCCGGGUGGGUGGCCGGGUGGGCGUUGUCUCCUUCUGAAGGAAAGGAAUUAUCCUUUCGUCCAAUUCCAAAUGGAUUUUUAUUUUUAUUUUUUAAAAACACACACAGACACACACAAACAAACUCGGGACGUUCCCACCACUGGGCUGGAGAUCCGCCGGGUCAAAUCCAGCUGGGGUCUGAAAGCCACCGUGGAUAUUGGAGGAGUGUGACUUGGAAUGACAGCUGCCCACACAACAUUUGUGUGUCGAUGUACAGUUUUAUGGACCGGGCCAGGGAAAUGGCAAUUAAUUUAAGUUGGCUGAAGCUUGUGUGAUUUUUUCAAAGACUGCCACGUGCCUUAUUUACUCUCCAUUCCUUUGUUUUUUCUCUCUCUCUCUCUGUAUAUUUAUGACCACGUCUGAG